AUGGGGUCUGAAAACACACGUACUUGUCGGCAUCCGCGCUUCCAGCAAAGCCUCAACCCGAACAAGAUGGCCACCAACUCAGCUUUCAGAUCUGAAAUUUUAAGCUCCAAUUUUCACCAUGGGCAAGCACAGGAGUCAAUAUCUGCUAUUGUAAAUACUGUUGAAAACGAGCUAUUUAAGCAUGCUGCUUCACAGGAGGAGUUUUUAAAUGAACAGACCUUGUUACAACGGGUGCGAACUGAACUCAAUAAGAGGAGAAGUGAAAGCCAACAACAACUUCGAAGCUCCAUGUCAUACAAGGCAGUGUACAACCCUAUAGUUAAUGCCACUAAUCAUAGUGCUGUGGCUGCAAAUAAUAUGCAUGACUUUCCGAAUGGACCAUUUAACCAUUCUAUUGGACAUGAGCCAGUUUAUCCACCUCAUGAGGGGUUAGCAAGCAUUACUACAAUUACUGGUAUGGAUGAGCUCUCGCAAGUCUUUUAUUCUGGUGGUGGAAGAAAUCUGGCAGCUAGCACCAAUUCUAUUGGUUUCAGAUUUCCUCAGCAACAUGCAAAUAAUUUGGCCGCAGACAAUACACAUGGCUUUCCAAAUGGAAUACAAAGCCAUUCUAUUGUACACGAGCCAGUUUUUCCAGCUCAUGAGGGUUUUGUCAGUAAUACAUAUACUGGUAUGGAUGAGCUUUCGCAAAUAUUUGCUACUGGUGGUGGGAAAAAUCUGGCAGAUAGCACCAAAUCAAUUGGUUUCAACUUUCCUCAGCAACAUGCAAAUAAUUUGGCUACAGACAAUGGAAAUGGCUUUCCAAAUGGAGGAAUACUUUACAGUUCUAUUGUACAUGAGCCAGUUUUUCCACCUCAUGCGGGCUCAACCAGUACUUCAUAUACCGGUAUGGAUGAGCUUUCUCAAAUCCUUACUGCUGGUGGUGGAAGAAAUCUGGCAGCUAGCUCCAAAUCAAUUGAUUUCAGUUUUCCUCAGCAACAUGCAAAUAAUUUGGAGAUGAAUCUUAACAAAUAUGGAAAUUGUUUGGGGACUGUCCAGAAAAAUGAGCCUUUGGCUUUACAUACUGCAAUGGGGAAAUCCCUCCAAUCUGAAUCUUCAAAUUUGAUGAUCCCUCAAUAUGACCUCAAAGGGAAAUCUACUACUUUCCAGACUAGUUCGUCCUUUGUAGAUCAGAGUCAAAAUUGCUGUCAAAUGUCAGGGAAGAGAACACUUAUGUUUUCCGGACUUCCUACAAAGCCAAUCAAUGAUGCCCCUUCUGGUAAUUCCGAUGUUAUGCUACGACCUACCAAAAGACUUAAACUGGAAUCUGCUUCUGGUAUUAAUAAUUCAAGCUGUUCUGAACAAUGGACUCCCAAGAUGUUUCAAUCUUUGGCCAUAAAGGAAAAUGUGAUUGAUCUUACAUCAGAGGAUGAUCAAACAUCAGAGGAUUCAAACCUCAGAAGAGAUGAUACAGUAGACAGCAAUAACUUGGAAGCUGCCACUAGAUUAAAUUCUAGCAUGAGUACUCUCAGAAAUAAUCCUAUUGCUGCAGAUAUAGAGGACAUAGAUGGAAAAGCUGCAGUUUCAGAUUUCAUUUUGGAACAAUUUAAAAGUCCUAUGCAUGAUUCUAUGAGAGAUGAGAUCAUGAACAAUGUGGUUUAUGAUUUGGUUGGGCAGACUUUCAAGAAUCAAACGAUGAACUCGAAUGGCUUAGAAGCGGACCAUAUGUCAGAGUCAGAGGAGUCAGGCCCCAGCGGCCAUGACAAUGUAGACUUGAGCAACAUAGAGGAAACUGUUAUUAGAUCAGAUUCUAGAACGCAUACUCUCUGCAAAGAUCCAACUGCUGAAGAUGCAGAGGACAUAAUUGGCAGAACUGGAGUUGCAGAGUGCAUAGAGAAUAAUGUGAUUAAUGAUAGAUUUGGGCAGGCUUUUGAGAGUGAAACAAUUCACUCCAAAGGCUUAGAAGUAGUUCUUGUAUCAGAUGAUUCUGACUCUGACUCCAUGAACCAUGAUUCCUCAGACAGCAGUAGCCCAAGCGAAACUGAAGUUACAUCGAGUUCCAGUAUGGAUACUCUUAGCGAAGGUCCUGUUACUGCAGAUGUAGAGGAGAUAAAUGGAAGAACUGGAUUCAACUCUGCUGGGGUAAAUGCUGAAAAGAAAGUCAGUGAGAAGAAAGCUGAUGAAAAGAUGGAAUCCAAGUUCUCAAGUACAACAGUUAAAAUUGUUUCCUUAACUGAGAUUUUCACAAAAGAUCAAAUCAUACAACACAUUCAAAGUCUGAGGAAGCAGGCUGUUCAGGUCAGUACAUUAUCUUCCGAAAAAACGGGAAUUGCUGCCAAUAAAUGCCAGUUAUGUACAAUGGGAAAUCUCUCCUUUGCACCGGUGCCGAUUGAUUGCUCAUAUUGCGCUAAGAUGAUCAGGCGAAACCAAAACUACUAUCAUACAAAACCAGAAGAAUCUGAUACACCGCACUGCUUUUGCACCCCGUGUUAUAACAACUCUCCAGGUGACCACAUCACAUUCAAUGAGAUAUCUGUUCCCAAGACACUUCUUUAUAGAAAGAAAAAUGAUGAAGUACUUGAUGAAGGGUGGGUCGAAUGUAGCAAAUGCGGAAAAUGGCAACAUGAAAUAUGCGCACUCUAUAACAAAAAAAGAGAUUUGGACUCCUGUGCUGAGUAUACAUGUCCUAUAUGCCUCUUGAAGGAAAUUGAAGAAGGAGUGCAUGUACCCUUACCAAAGACUUCUAUUUUCGGUGUUAAGAACUUGCCAAGUACCAUGCUCAGUAACCACAUAGAGAAAAGACUUCGUAAGCGUCUCAUGCAAGAGAAAGAAGAUUGGAAAAAAUUCGGAGGGACUAUGAAUCUUGAUGAGGAUUUAGCAGCAGAAAAUCUUUCUGUUAAAGUAGUGUUAUCUGUUGACAAAGAAUUGAAAGUGAUGAAGCAGUUUCUGGACAUCUUUCCGGAGGAGAAAUACCCUGCUGAGUUCUCUUAUAGAUCAAAAGUUAUUCUUCUGUUUCAGCAGAUUGAUGGGGCAGAUGUUUGCCUUUUUGCAAUGUAUGUCCAGGAAUUUGGUGCAGAAUGUGGCAAUCCCAAUCAGCGUUGUGUAUAUAUUUCAUACCUGGAUUCUGUCAAGUAUUUUAGCCCAAAAAGAGAGACCAUACGGGGAGAAUCUCUUCGCACCUUCGUAUACCAUGAGAUAUUGAUUGGAUACCUUGAUUUUUGCAAGAAACGAGGUUUUACAACAUGCUACAUAUGGGCCUGUCCUCCUAAAAAGGGUGAAGAUUAUAUACUGUAUUGUCAUCCUGACACUCAGAGGACCCCAAAGAAUGAUAAACUACGGCACUGGUACCUUUCAAUGCUAAGAAAGGCUUCUGAUGAGAAUAUUGUGGUUGGUUUAAGCAAUAUAUAUGAUCAUUUCUUUGUUCCUACUGGGAAAUGCAACUCCAAGGUGACUGCUUCGCGUUUGCCAUACUUUGAUGGGGACUACUGGUCUGCUAGUGCUAUGUAUGAAGCCUGUAAAAUUGAAAAAGAGAGCGGAGGGGAGUACGAAAAGGCCUUGAGUAAACAUGUGUCGAAAAGAGCUUUAAAGGGCAUGGGAAUUGUAAACCCUUCGAAAGACACUGCUAAGGACAUUCUAGUGAUGCAGAAGCUGGGCCACAAUAUUUGGCCUUCCAAGGAAAACUUCAUCGUAGUUCACCUUCAGCAUACAUGCGUGCACUGCAAGGAAGUGAUAAUUUCAGGGAAGCGGUGGUUUUGCACUGAAUGCAAGAACUUCCAGGAGUGUGAAAGAUGUCAUACUGCUGAUUCACACACUUCAACUAGUGGCGAGAAACACAGACUUCGUCAGGUCCUCGUGGAAGAUAUUCCUUUUGAUACUAAAGACAAUGAUAUCAUCCUUGAUAAUCAAUUAUUUGAGAGCAGGCGUUGGUUUCUGAGCUUCUGCCACAGGAAACACUUGCAGUUUGACAUGCUCCGCCGUGCCAAGUAUUCCUCAAUGAUGAUCCUCCAUCAACUACAGAGCUAUGCGCAGCUCACUGUCGGAACAAUAUGCAGCAUUUGCGGUGAACCCAAUUUAUCCCAAGAUAGCUGGAAAUGUGAGAUUUGCCCUGUGUUCAAUUCAUGCUCUGCAUGUUAUAAGGAGAAAGGUGCUAAGUGCCAUGCACACAAGUUGAGUCAAACUGAUUCAACAUCACUAUCUGUCCAAGGGAAUGCAGAGUCAAAGCGGAAACCAAUCCGGGGCACGGGUAGCUCUAAUUGCUCACUCAAAGAUGUGCAGAGUCUCGCAAUGUCGCGUCCCAUGUUGCACGACUCUGAAGAAGCGAAAAUGGACAGAAACGCAAUCUGA